CAAAAUCUGUAAUCAUGGCUACCAUGCGCAUGUCCACGAAGGCUCAGGGCCGCGUCGGGAUUGUCCGCAACACGCGGACCCUGACAGUGCGCGUACGUGCGUAUGGUAUGAAGGCCGAAUAUAUCUGGGCCGAUGGAAAUGAGGGCCGGCCCGAGAAGGGCAUGAUCUUUAACGAGAUGCGCUCGAAGACGAAGGUCUUUGAUGAGGCUCUACCCCUGGAAGCUGGCCAGUACCCCGACUGGUCCUUCGAUGGCUCUUCGACCGGCCAGGCCGCCGGCAACAACUCCGACUGCAUCCUCAGGCCCGUCCGCGUCAUCAAGGACCCCAUCCGCGGUGAGCCGCACGUGCUGGUGAUGUGCGAGGUGUUCGCCCCUGAUGGCACCCCGCACCCUACCAACACUCGUGCCAAGCUGCGCGACAUCAUUGACGACAAGGUCCUUGCCGAGGACUGCUGGUACGGUCUGGAGCAGGAGUACACCAUGCUUCAAAAGACCACCGGCCAGAUCUACGGCUGGCCCAGCGGCGGUUACCCUGCACCCCAGGGCCCCUUCUACUGCGGUGUCGGUGCGGAGUCGGCGUUCGGCCGGCCCCUGGCUGAGGCUCACAUGGAGGCUUGCAUGAAGGCUGGUCUUAAGAUCUCUGGCAUCAACGCCGAGGUGAUGCCAGGCCAGUGGGAGUACCAGAUUGGCCCGGUGGGUCCCUUGGAGAUGGGCGAUGAGGUGAUGCUGUCGCGCUGGCUGCUGCACCGUCUGGGCGAGGAUUUCGGCAUUGUCUGCACCUUCAACCCCAAGCCUGUCCGCACCGGCGACUGGAACGGCACUGGCGCGCACACCAACUUCUCGACCAAGUCCAUGCGCCAGCCUGGCGGCAUGAAGGUGAUUGAGGACGCCGUGGAGAAGCUCUCCAAGACCCACAUUGAGCACAUCACCCAGUACGGUCUGGGCAAUGAGGCUCGUCUGACCGGCAAGCACGAGACGUGCGACAUCAACACCUUCAAGCACGGUGUUGCGGACCGCGGCUCGUCCAUUCGCAUCCCGUUGCCGGUCAUGCUGAAGGGCUACGGCUACCUGGAGGACCGUCGCCCGGCUGCCAACGUUGACCCGUACACUGUCGCCCGCCUGCUCAUCAAAUCCAUCCUCAAGGGCCCGCAGUAAAUGAUCCCUCGUACUGAGCCACUUCGGUCAUUCCGACGCACCCAUAGGCAACUUACGGUUACCUAGUCUCGGACGUUCUUGUGAAUGGGUUGGCCUCAUUUGCAGGAUGGCAUGAUGGGACAGGUGUAAGAUGUUCUAGAGGCUCUGGAGUGGGCUUGGGGCUGGAGAUACCCCGGUGCAUGUUUGUAGCUGUGGGUUGGCUGGUACGAUGUGACAAGAACCGUCCGGAACUAUUAAGAAGUUCAUUGGAUCAAUGGACAAUAUAUUUAUUGCGGAAAUGUCUUUUUGCGCGUUGACAAGUGGCUAGCUGCUACUGAUCCUACUAUUAUCUGCCAUACUUACGCAGUUUAAUUUUCGGCAUCAGUGCACACGUUCUCCUGUAAUGGUUAGGAAACAUGUGCUAUUGAGGAGACGUGCGUGUGACUGAUAUCCUGACACGCCUAGGUAUCGGAGUGUACGUUGAGUUCCAGUUCACGGGUUCAUGCGGCUAGCGGGCAUGCCUUGGCGACGGCUGCAAUUGCACCGAGUUGCCGAGGGGUGCAUGUGCAUAGCGGGUUGUCGCAUACGGAGAUAAUGCUCUUUGUGUUUGGGGCUUUUUUUCCUGUGUGUAGCUCUCUUCUACAGCAGCUAAGCGAGCUUAAUUCGUGAGGUACAGAGAGUUUCAUCUACUGUAUAGAUUACUUUAUUUCCUUCCGGGUAUUGAACGAUUGCAUGCCGUACCUGGGCAUGUAGUCUUCGACGUACGUGUGCUAAGCUUCUGCGGUUCUCAUGAAGUGGAGAUGCCGCAUUUGUAUCAUGAUUGCACAAAUAUAACGAUCUUGGUGUGUCAGGCCCGGGCAAGCUGCUGUGCAAUCACCUGAUACUGUCUCGAUUGAUACUGUCCUAAAACGAUUGUUAUCAUUACUGCGUGACAUCGUACGACGCAGCGUAACUUUUCUUCAAGCACAACUGUCAUUGACAUACUGUCUUAACGACAGGCACAAAUCAUCAAGUGUUUAAAACGGCAGGCCGUUCCGCGCUGACCUGGUGCUGGCAUGGCUCCUCAUCCAGCGAAUGGCAAUCAAAGUGGGUAGGAAACCCAACUUGAUUUAAACACUUGUUUGGUAUAGUACGGCAAAAGUCAACGACCCCCGAACUUGGCUGUACAGCAUGGGUGGUGAUUUUCUUCAGGGACACUUGAAACUUUGUAUACACAUGCCGGAAUACAGUCAACAAUAUUUAUUAAAGCAAUUGAUUACAGAAGUCUUAACAGUGAUAGGACACUCAUUUAGUUGGCAGUUGUAAAAUGUUAU